ACAUUUCCCAGAAAACCAAGCGAAAGGUGUCAUCAGCCAGGCACCGGUGGCGUGGGUUUCUCUUGUCAAACUAUACACUAUUUCUUCUUUUUGAACAGUAUAACUAAUUACUUGCAGUUUUAGACAAAAUGACGGAGCGGAAAGGAACAGCAAAGCUGGACUUUCUGAGAAAGAUUGAAUUGGAAAUCCAGGAGAAAUGGGAGAGGGAGAGAACAUUUGAGCAAGAUGCACCGACAACAGUCGGGGAAAGUACAAAUAAAAACAAGUACAUGGUCACCUUUCCCUAUCCUUACAUGAAUGGCCGUUUGCACCUUGGCCAUACAUUCAGUUUGUCAAAAUGUGAGUUUGCUGUUGGUUACCAGUCUCUUAAGGGAAAGAAAUGCCUCUUUCCAUUCGGAUUGCACUGUACAGGAAUGCCGAUCAAAGCCUGUGCAGACAAGCUGAAGAGAGAGAUGGAGUUGUAUGGAAACCCUCCACAGUUUCCAGAAGAGGAGGAAGAAGAGAAGCAACAGCAAACAACAUCUGAUGAAAUCAUUAUCAAGGACAAAGCAAAGGGCAAAAAGAGUAAAGCAGUGGCCAAAUCUGGAUCCUCCGCUUUCCAGUGGGACAUCAUGAGGUCUCUGGGCUUAACUGACCAGGAGAUUGUCAAUUUUGCUGAUGCUGAACACUGGCUGGAUUACUUCCCUCCUUUGGCUGUCAAAGAUCUCAAACUGAUGGGAGUCAAGGUGGACUGGAGGCGUUCAUUCAUCACCACAGACGUGAACCCCUUCUACGACUCCUUUGUCAGGUGGCAGUUUGUUACACUAAAAGAGAGGAAAAAGAUUAAAUUUGGUAAAAGGUAUACCAUCUACUCUCCCAAGGAUGGACAACCAUGCAUGGACCAUGACAGACAGACAGGAGAGGGAGUUGGACCUCAGGAAUACACCCUGAUCAAGAUGAAGGUCGUUGAACCCUACACAGCAAAAUUCAAAUCCAAAGUCUUUUAUAGCAGCGGCAUGAAAGGCAAAAACAUCUUCCUGGUGGCUGCUACACUUAGACCAGAGACCAUGUUUGGUCAGACCAACUGCUGGGUGAGACCUGACAUGAAGUAUGUUGCUUUUGAGACAACCAAUGGGGACGUCUUCAUCUCCACCAGAAGGGCUGCCAGGAAUAUGUCUUUCCAGGGCUUCACCAAGGAAAAUGGAGUGGUGCCAGUAAUAAUGGAAAUACUGGGACAGGAUAUCCUCGGCUGUGCCCUGAGUGCUCCUCUGACCUCCUAUAAGAUCAUCUAUGCUCUCCCUAUGCUCACCAUCAAGGAGGAUAAAGGUACUGGGGUAGUUACCAGUGUACCAUCUGAUGCUCCUGAUGACAUUGCUGCUCUCAGGGACAUCAAGAAAAAACAGGCACUGCGGGAGAAGUAUGGAAUUGAAGACAAGAUGGUUCUGCCUUUUGAGCCGAUCCCUAUCAUUGAGAUCCCAGGCUAUGGCAACCUGUCUGCUCCUCUGGUGUGUGAUGAGCUGAAGAUCCAGAGCCAGAAUGACAAGGAGAAACUGGCUGAAGCCAAGGAGAAGGUUUAUCUGAAGGGAUUUUAUGAAGGGAUCAUGCUUGUGGAAGGCUACAAGGGCCAGAAGGUCCAGGAUGUCAAGAAGCCCAUCCAGAAGAUGAUGGUUGAAAGGGGAGAGGCCAUGAUCUACAUGGAGCCAGAAAAGCAGGUCAUGUCACGUUCAGCUGACGAGUGUGUGGUGGCUCUUUGUGACCAGUGGUAUUUGGAUUAUGGGGAUGCUGAUUGGAAGCAGCAGGCCAAUGAAGCCCUGAAGUCUUUGGAAACAUUUUGUGAGGAGACCAGAAGAAACUUUGAAGCAACUUUGGACUGGCUGCAGGAGCAUGCCUGCUCACGUACCUAUGGCCUUGGAACGCGGCUGCCUUGGGACGAGCAGUGGCUGAUUGAGUCCCUAUCAGACUCCACCAUCUACAUGGCUUACUACACCGUAGCUCACCUUCUGCAGGGAGGUGUGCUUAACGGCCAAGGAGAGUCACCACUGGGCAUCAAGCCAGAACAGAUGACUAGAGAGGUGUGGGACUUCAUCUUCUUUAAGACUUCUCCUUUCCCUAAGACCAACAUCCCUAAAGAGCAUCUGCAGAGGCUUAGGAGGGAGUUUGAGUACUGGUACCCUGUGGAUGUCCGUGUAUCUGGCAAAGACCUGGUGCCCAACCAUUUGUCAUACUACCUGUACAACCAUGUGGCCAUGUGGCCCAAAGACAACGGGAAGUGGCCACAAGCAGUGCGAGCUAACGGACAUCUGCUCCUCAACUCUGAAAAGAUGUCCAAAUCAACUGGAAAUUUCCUCACUCUCAGCCAAGCCAUUGACAAGUUUUCAGCAGACGGUAUGCGUCUGGCUCUAGCGGAUGCUGGAGACACAGUGGAGGAUGCUAACUUUGUAGAGACCAUGGCUGAUGCUGGCAUCCUGCGCCUCUACACCUGGGUGGAAUGGGUGAAGGAGAUGAUCGCCAACCAGAACAACCUGAGGACGGGACCUGCAGACACCUUCAAUGAUCGGGUUUUUGCCAGUGAGAUGAACGCAGGCAUCCUGAAGACAGAACAGCACUAUGAGAGGAUGAUGUACAAGGAGGCUUUGAAAAGUGGCUUUUUUGAAUUUCAGGCAGCCAAAGAUAAGUAUCGGGAGCUGGCCAUCGAAGGCAUGCACAGAGACCUUGUCUUCCAGUUCAUAGAAAGGCAAACUCUGCUGCUGGCCCCCAUCUGCCCGCACCUUUGUGAAUACACUUGGGGUCUGCUUGGCAAGACUGGUUCUCUGAUGAAGGCAUCAUGGCCUGUGGCCGGGCCCGUGGACGAGGUUCUGAUUCGUUCCUCUCAGUAUUUGAUGGAAACUGCUCACGACCUUCGUCUUCGCCUCAAAGCCUACAUGCUUCCGCCUAAAAGCAAGAAAGGUGACUCCAAGCCUCCAGCCAAGCCCUCCCACUGCACCAUCUACGUGGCCAAGAGCUACCCUCCAUGGCAGCACAGUGCCUUAUCCCUGCUCGGCAAGCACUACAAGAACAACAACGGGGUUCUUCCAGACAACAAAGUGAUAGCAAGUGAACUAGGUGCUCUGCCGGAACUGAAGAAAUACAUGAAGAGAGUCAUGCCUUUUGUAGCCAUGAUCAAGGAGAACCUGGAGAAGAAUGGACCCAGAGUUUUGGAUUUGGAGCUGGAAUUUGAUGAGCGAGCAGUUCUCAUGGAGAACCUGGUCUACUUGACUAAUUCUUUGGAGUUGGAGCAGAUUGACAUCUUGUUUGCUUCUGAGGCUGAUGACAAAGUGAAGGAGGACUGUUGCCCAGGGAAACCGUUCAGUGUUUUCAGAUCAGAGCCUGGAGUUUCUGUGUCCUUGGUCAACCCUCAGCCGUGCAAUGGCAUGUUUUCUACAAAGGUUGACAUCCGACAGGGGGACAGCCGAGACAGCAUCGUCCGCAGGCUAGCCAAGGUCAACAGACUCAUUAAAGAUCUGUCCAGAGUCAAGUUGAUGAGGUAUGAGGACCCUUUGCUCGGCCCUCGCCGGCUGCCUGUCCUGGGACAGGAGGAACAAGGCAAACUGCUCAUCUCCAACAAAUCUGUGUUCAACAUCAAUCUGGAGGAGAAAAGGGUCACUCUGGCUGACAACAGCCUCACUGUAGACAUUGGCGACACUCUGGUUUAUCUGGUUCAUUAGAAUAACAUUGAUCACACACACACACUGAGGUGAGGGGGCAUGUUCAGUAGUGAAUGCUUUGUUGAAGAUUCAAACGCAUCAAGAAAUGUUACAGCAAAACGACUCAUUUUGAUUUAAAGCAUCAGGACAGCAACUCAAAGCUGUAUCUGUUUUAUAAUUGAUAUUUCUGUUUGUAAACUGAUUAGUGUGACAUCAGGAAAUACUGAAACUAGCUGGUCCUGAAAUGAUGGCUUCUGUCUUCUUUUCUUUAAAACAAAUUCUAUAUUUGUAGUACAUCCACAUCUGCCUCUGGGCUAUCCCUCUGGUACAGUUUUCUCCUUAAGAAGUCAGUAUUGCAAAACAGUUAUCACAAAAUACUGCAAACCUAUCCUAAAGGUUUUGACUUUUUUUUUUUUUUUUUUUUUUCUUCAUGAUUGCAAUCAAGGACAGCACUAGAAUUUGUCAUCUGUUUUGCAGGACUCAGGAACUCAGUCAGCGGUGUCCAUAUUAAAAUCGUCUGUACAGUUUAUUCUUGUCACAGAAAACCUCUGAUUUGAUGUAUGUUUAUGUUGUGAGACUGCUCCUGCAUCCUCCAGAAUGCCUGAUGGUUUCAUACAGAGGGUAACGUGCCUUGUGUUGUUUUAUACAUCCAAGGUGAGGCGUGUCGUUCCCUUAUGUUUGCCAGCCUGUCAGACAGCUUUCCUGUUUUCUAGCUGUGGAUGGUGCUUGUCUGGCUUUUCCAGAUAAAUAAUAAAACCUAUGAAACAUUAAA